AUGAAUGCACCUCUUCUCCUCCCAGUCAUGACUCUACUUCUUCUCCUCCCAGGCAUGAAUCAACCUAUUCUCAUUUCAGGCAUGACGCUACCACGUCUCAUCCCAGUCACGAAUCUACCUCUUCUCCUAGGCAUCGAUCCACCUCUUCUCCUCCCAGGCAUGACUCUACCUCUUCUCCUCCCAGGCAUCAAUCCACCUCUUCUCCUCCCAAGCAUCGAUCCACCUCUUCUCCUCCCAGGAAUGACUCUACCUCUUCUCCUCCCAGGCAUCUAUCCACCUCUUCUCCUCCUAAGCAUCGAUCCACCUCGUCUCCUCCCAGGCAUCAAUUCACCUCUUCUCCUCCCAGGCAUGACUCUACUUCUUCUCCUCCCAGUCAUGAAUCCUCCUCUUCUCCUCCCAGGGAUCAAUCCACCUCUUCUCCUCUCAGGCAUGACACUACCUCUUCUCCUCCCAGGCAUCGAUCCAUCUCUUCUCCUCCCAGGCAUCGAUCCACCUCUUCUCCUCUCAGGCAUCGAUCCACCUCUUCUCCCAGGUAUUGAUCGUCCUCUUCUCCUCCCAGGCAUAAAUCAAACCCUUCUCCUCUCAGGCAUGCCACUCCCUCUUCUCCUCCCAGGCAUCAAUCUACCUCUUCUCCUCUUAGGCAUGACUCUACCUCUUCUCCUCCCAGUCAUGAAUCCACCUCUUCCCCUCCUAGGCAUCAAUCCACCUCUUCUCCUCUCAGGCAUGACUCUACCUCUUCUAUCUCUUAAGCAUCGAUCUACCUCUUCUCCUCCCAGGCAUCGAUCCACCUCUUCUUCUCCCGGGCAUCGAUCGACCUCUUCUCCUCCCAGGCAUCAAUCCACCUCUUCUCCUCUCAGGCAUGACAUUACCUCUUCUCCUCCCAGUCAUGAAUCCACCUCUUCUCCUCCCAGGCAUCAAUCCACCUCUUCUCUUCUCAGGCAUGACACUACCUCUUCUCCUCCCAGGCAUCGAUUUACCUCUUCUUCUCUCAGGCAUCGAUCCACCUCUUCUCCUCUCAGGCAUGACUCUACCUCUUCUCCCAGGCAUCGAUCGUCCUCUUCUCCUCCCAUGCACCAAUCCAACUCUUCUCCUCUCAGGCAUGACACUACCUCUUCUCCUCCCAGGCAUCGAUCCACCUCUUCUCCUCUCAGGCAUGACUCUACCUCUUCUCCUCCCAGGCAUGACUCUACCUCUUCUCCUCCCAGGCAUGACUCUACCUCUUCUUCUCCCAGUCAUGAAUCCACCUCUUCUCCUCCCAGGCCUGAAUCCAUCUCUCCGAGUUCUCGUUUCGAGCCAAUGUCCAUUACACCAUACCAUACUAAACCUUUUUUUCUGCUCACUAGCCUCCCAUGUUACUUUACUAGCACCUCCUUACAUUCGUCCAAGGUAAACAUUGAGCAUGUGGAAUCCCGUGUCGCUCAGAACCGAGAGUCAACAUUUGAAAUUCUUUUGCACUGUGUCGGCAUUAAAGGAAACCUGCUGCAUUGUGCAGAUGUCCUCAGACAGAAUUCCAAGGUGCAAAACUUGACAAUUGUUAACGACGUGGCUGUCGAAAAGAAAGACAUUUGGUUUCCGCGGCACAUAAACGAGUUGGACAAAUGCACACACUUAAUUACGAAAUUUGAACCGGAACUAGACACCGACCAUCCGGUAUGUUUCUUCUUUUUUAUUUCUGGUGUGGAAUUAACCUUAUAUUCUUAA